ACCCGCUGCGGAGCGAACGGGGAGGAACAGAGGCCGCUCGGUUCCUCCAGCACCCCCGGCCCGACGCACCCACUGCCCUCACCCCCCAGGAGCCGACGCCACAUUUCUCCAUCAUGUUGUCAUCGUUUCGUAAACGCAGAGUCCAGAAAAUGGACCCAAGCGGGGUCAAAGUGCUGGAGACAGCAGAGGACAUCCAGGAGAGGAGGCAGCAGGUCCUGGACAGAUACCACCGCUUCAAGGAGCUUUCGACGCUUAGGCGCCAGAAGCUUGAAGAUUCUUACCGAUUCCAGUUUUUCCAAAGAGAUGCUGAGGAGCUGGAGAAAUGGAUUCAGGAGAAACUUCAGAUUGCAUCUGAUGAGAACUAUAAAGACCCAACCAACCUGCAGGGCAAGCUGCAGAAGCAUCAAGCCUUCGAAGCUGAGGUGCAGGCCAACUCGGGAGCCAUCGUGAAGCUGGAUGAAACUGGCAACCUCAUGAUCUCAGAAGGGCACUUUGCAUCUGAAACCAUCAGGACUCGUUUGAUGGAGCUGCACCGCCAAUGGGAGUUACUUCUGGAGAAGAUGCGGGAGAAAGGAAUCAAGCUGCUGCAGGCCCAGAAGCUGGUGCAGUUCUUACGAGAAUGUGAGGACGUGAUGGACUGGAUCAACGACAAGGAAGCAAUUGUGACUUCUGAGGAGCUGGGCCAGGACCUGGAGCAUGUGGAGGUUUUACAGAAGAAAUUUGAAGAGUUUCAAACAGACAUGGCUGCCCACGAAGAAAGAGUUAAUGAAGUGAACCAGUUUGCCGCCAAGCUCAUUCAGGAGCAGCACCCCGAGGAGGAGCUCAUCAAGACGAAGCAGGAUGAGGUGAACGCAGCCUGGCAGCGGCUGAAGGGACUGGCCCUCCAGAGGCAGGGGAAGCUGUUCGGGGCAGCCGAGGUUCAGCGCUUUAACAGGGAUGUGGACGAGACCAUCAGCUGGAUUAAGGAGAAGGAACAGUUGAUGGCCUCUGAUGACUUUGGCCGGGACCUGGCCAGCGUCCAGGCUCUGCUUCGGAAACACGAGGGUUUGGAGAGAGAUCUCGCUGCGUUGGAGGACAAGGUCAAAGCCCUGUGCGCCGAGGCCGACCGCCUGCAGCAGUCCCACCCUCUGAGCGCCACCCAGAUCCAAGUGAAGCGGGAGGAGCUGGUCGCCAACUGGGAGCAGAUCCGCACCCUGGCCGCAGAGAGACACGCACGUCUCAACGAUUCCUACAGGCUUCAGCGCUUCCUUGCCGACUUCAGAGACCUUACCAGCUGGGUCACUGAGAUGAAAGCCCUCAUCAAUGCAGAUGAACUUGCCAACGAUGUGGCUGGAGCCGAAGCCCUGCUGGAUAGGCAUCAGGAGCACAAGGGUGAAAUUGACGCUCAUGAAGAUAGCUUUAAAUCUGCAGAUGAGUCUGGACAGGCCCUGCUUGCUGCUGGUCAUUAUGCCUCAGAUGAAGUGAGGGAGAAGCUGACCAUCCUCUCCGAGGAGCGGGCCGCGCUGCUGGAGCUGUGGGAGCUGCGGCGGCAACAGUACGAGCAGUGCAUGGACCUGCAGCUCUUCUACCGCGACACUGAGCAGGUGGACAACUGGAUGAGCAAACAGGAGGCGUUCCUGUUGAAUGAAGACCUGGGAGAUUCCUUGGAUAGCGUGGAAGCGCUUCUCAAGAAGCAUGAGGACUUCGAGAAAUCGCUCAGUGCCCAGGAGGAGAAGAUUACAGCCUUAGACGAGUUUGCCACCAAGCUAAUUCAGAACAACCACUAUGCAAUGGAAGAUGUGGCUACUCGCCGAGAUGCGCUGUUGAGCCGCCGCAACGCCCUUCACGAGAGAGCCAUGUAUCGCCGGGCCCAGCUGGCUGAUUCCUUCCACUUGCAGCAGUUUUUCCGUGACUCUGAUGAGCUCAAGAGUUGGGUCAAUGAGAAGAUGAAAACCGCCACAGACGAAGCUUAUAAAGACCCAUCCAACCUGCAAGGGAAAGUACAGAAGCAUCAGGCUUUUGAGGCUGAGCUCUCGGCAAACCAGAGCCGCAUUGACGCCCUGGAGAAAGCCGGGCAAAAGCUGAUUGACGUCAACCACUAUGCCAAGGACGAGGUGGCAGCUCGAAUGAAUGAGGUCAUCAGUUUGUGGAAGAAACUGCUGGAGGCCACGGAACUGAAAGGAAUAAAGCUCCGUGAGGCUAACCAGCAGCAGCAGUUUAAUCGCAACGUUGAGGACAUCGAACUGUGGCUGUACGAAGUGGAAGGUCACCUGGCUUCGGACGAUUACGGCAAAGACCUUACCAAUGUCCAGAACCUCCAGAAGAAGCACGCCCUGCUGGAGGCCGACGUGGCAGCACACCAGGAUCGAAUCGAUGGCAUCACCAUCCAGGCCCGCCAGUUCCAGGAUGCUGGCCACUUUGAUGCUGAAAACAUCAAGAAGAAGCAGGAAGCCCUGGUGGCUCGCUAUGAGGCUCUCAAGGAGCCCAUGAUUGCCCGGAAGCAGAAGCUGGCUGAUUCUCUGCGUUUGCAGCAGCUCUUCCGUGAUGUCGAGGAUGAGGAGACAUGGAUUCGAGAGAAAGAACCCAUUGCUGCAUCCACCAACAGAGGCAAAGAUUUAAUUGGAGUCCAGAAUCUGCUAAAGAAACACCAAGCCCUACAAGCAGAGAUUGCCGGACACGAGCCCCGCAUCAAAGCAGUUACACAGAAGGGGAACGCCAUGGUGGAUGAAGGCCAUUUUGCUGCAGAGGACGUGAAGGCCAAGCUCCACGAGCUGAACCAGAAGUGGGAGUCGCUGAAAUCCAAGGCCUCCCAGCGGCGGCAGGACCUGGAGGACUCGCUGCAGGCCCAGCAGUACUUCGCCGACGCCAACGAGGCCGAGUCGUGGAUGCGGGAGAAGGAGCCCAUCGUAGGCAGCACCGACUAUGGGAAGGACGAGGACUCGGCCGAGGCUCUGCUAAAGAAACACGAGGCUUUGAUGUCGGAUCUCAGCGCUUACGGCAGCAGCAUCCAGGCUCUGCGAGAGCAGGCCCAGUCGUGCCGGCAACAAGUGGCCCCCAUGGAUGACGAGACCGGGAAGGAGCUGGUCUUGGCGCUCUACGAUUAUCAGGAGAAGAGCCCUCGAGAGGUCACCAUGAAGAAAGGGGACAUCCUCACCUUGCUCAACAGCACCAACAAGGACUGGUGGAAAGUGGAGGUGAACGAUCGUCAGGGUUUCGUGCCGGCCGCGUACGUGAAGAAGCUGGACCCUGCGCAGUCGGCCUCCCGGGAGAACCUCCUGGAGGAGCAGGGCAGCAUCGCGUUGCGGCAGGAGCAGAUCGACAACCAGACGCGCAUAACUAAGGAGGCCGGCAGCGUGUCUCUGCGUAUGAAACAGGUGGAAGAACUGUGAGUAGGCCGGAAGCUCUGCCGAGCGCCGCCCUUGGCUCCCCGUCCGUCCUCCCGCUGCCGCUUCUCUUGAAGGCGCGAGGGGCGGGAGGGGCCCGUCUCCGGCAGCAGCUUUCGCUCACAAGGGAAGGGGUUUGGGUGAAGCUGUGUCAGCCGUGGCCGCUUCUCUCGUUGGUUGCUUCUGUGCAGCUGUGUGUUCAGAGUGUUGUUGGUUCCCCUGCUGGUGGCUUUUGUGCUGGACCAGCCACUCUCAGCAGACCCGGAGGCCGAUGAUGCCUUAGUCCUCCUCAGUAGGCAGGAAACCACAUGCCUCGUAAAGUGCUCUGAUACUUGGUAAUUCGUUCCUUUCUUAUUUCACUUUUGGAAGCUUAGACUGGAUUCUAGAUUUUUUCUUUUUUAAUUUUAACUCAGUUGUACUAAGUUUGUCAUUUUCACAUCUCUAAAGAUACUAGGAGUUCAGUCUUUUGUAUUUUAGUUCCCAAGAGUGAGUGUCAUUUGAGUCUUCAUAAGAAACGUUCAGCUAGUGAAAUGUGAUUUUUGUGAUUUCUCCUUCCGAAGUGGCCAAAACUUUCUGAGAAAUAAAUGUAUUAUUUUAGAAACAGUAGAAAUUUCCUACUGUUCUGGAGAUACUAAAAUCCUAUAUGAGGCUAUUUAAGAUAGCUCAGCAUACCUUCCCCCACCGCCUGGGGGCUGCUGGCAGAAUCAUACGGCAGGAGAACAAGCCCUCUGUAUACAUUACGCGCAGCAAGUUCACCUCAUCUCGCAGC